GCAAACUCGCGCGCGAACAGUUCGAAAAGGCGACGAACGCGUCGCUUCUGGCUGUUUUGAGGAUAAAUUGGAAAAUGUUAAGCAUGGAAAAUGCCGGCGGCAACAUUUUUCGAAUCGUAAUUAAAUUUGGCCCAUUGAAUUUAAAUCUAAAUUAAAUUUAGUGCAGAAUUCAAUUCAAAUCGAAAUUUGUGCAAAAUAGACAUAAAACAUUAAACAAUUGACCAGUUCAUACAGGUGUGUUUGUGCUUGUGUACAGUAAAAAAUGGGAAAAUUAUUUCAUGGUCCAUGUUUUGAAUGGAAACAAUAAAUAUUUACAUAAAGCCGGUGCCGCUUUCAAAUAAAAUACCCUCUAAAAAUCGUAUUUUAUUGUCGACUUUUGCUUCCUGUGGUGCAACAUUGCAUGACUGCUAAAAUUAUUCCACCAAUCUAUUUUGACACUUAUUGCUCAUACGCCACGACGUCUAAAAGGAAUUUUCCCGGCACACGAGCAAGCAAAUGGAAACCAAAUAGGAAUACCGAAAAGGACACGCAACAUUAGUCAGGACAAACCAUAAGAAGUAAAGCCAAGGCUGUCCUGGACAACGGGUACUCCCAGGACGCUGGUUAAUGGGCAUGCUCGACUCUAGCCUUCAAACAACGAAAACGACAUCAGAGAUGGACAACAUCGAUGAACUGCAGGACAACAACAAUGGGAACGACAGUGGCAACGAUAUCAGCAGUAGCUGGAGCAACUGGAGCACUUAUGCACCCACUAUACUUUACAAUGCCAUGAAUAGCGUCAUGGCUGUUGCCAAUCAAACUCCACUUGCCGAUUUCAAUCAAGAUUUCCGACAGAACAGUUCGACCUACAAUUUAAGCAGAGUUUUGCCCACAGGCAUCACAGGCCUAACAGCUGGCGAUGUGGGAUUCGGUGCCAAUGCCGACCACGAGGAUGCGGCGACGACAGGUGGCAGCUUUGCCUUCGUUGUUCCCUGGUGGCGUCAGGUGCUCUGGAGCAUUCUUUUUGGUGUCGUGGUAAUUGUGGCAACUGGUGGCAAUCUAAUUGUCGUCUGGAUUGUGCUGACCACCAAGCGAAUGCGCACAGUGACCAACUAUUUCAUUGUGAACCUCUCUAUAGCGGAUGCGAUGGUCUCCAGUCUGAAUGUUACCUUCAGCUAUUAUUAUAUGCUGGACGGCGAUUGGCCCUUUGGCGAGUUCUACUGCAAAGUUUCGCAAUUCAUCGCCAUGCUGAGUAUCUGUGCCUCAGUGUUCACUCUAAUGGCCAUAUCAAUAGACAGGUACGUGGCAAUUAUGAAACCGCUUCAACCACGGAUGAGCAAGCGCCGUAAUUUGGCCAUCGCUGCGGUCAUCUGGCUCUCCUCAUCACUCAUCUCCUGUCCGAGUCUGCUGUUUUUUAAAACCGAAGAGGUGAAGGUGGGUAAUGCUACACGCAUCGUGUGCUAUCCUGACUGGCCCGAUGGCCCCAUGAACCACUCGAAGAUGGAGCAUCUUCACAAUAUACUCAUCAUGAUACUCACCUACUUUCUGCCCAUUAUAUCCAUGACGGUCACCUAUUCGCGGGUGGGCAUUGAACUCUGGGGUUCCAAGACCAUUGGCGAGUAUACGCCCAGGCAAGUGGAGAAUGUGCGCAGCAAGCGAAGGGUGGUCAAAAUGAUGAUUGUGGUCGUUUUAAUAUUCGGCUUCUGUUGGCUGCCAUUCCAUUCGUACUUCAUUAUUACAUCCUGUUAUCCGGCCAUCGUGGAGGCACCUUACAUCCAGGAGCUGUAUUUGGUUAUCUAUUGGCUGGCAAUGAGCAAUUCCAUGUACAAUCCGAUUAUCUACUGUUGGAUGAAUUCCCGGUUUCGCUAUGGUUUCAAAAUGGUCUUUCGCUGGUGUCCCUUUGUACAUGUGGGUGCCGAGUCGCUUAACCGCCGGGAUAAUCUAACCUCCCGCUAUUCCUGCUCCGGCUCGCCCGACCACAAUCGCAUCAAGCGGAAUGACACACAGAAAUCAAUACUUUAUGCAUGUCCUGGUUCUCCGAAAUCGCAUCGAGUUUCGCAUUGUGGUGUGCUGCGUAACUCGGUGGCGCGGUCGGGUGAGCAUCUCGAAGGACAGCAUCGUCACUCGUCGCCGGCACAGCAGUUGGGCAGCAGGAGCAGCGGUCCGAUUAGUCUGCGUGACCAUAGAUCGCCAUAUCAGCAGGAGAUGCAAGAACGUUGGAGCAGUGACCAGUCCAGCAGUGGCAUCAACCUGGCAACAGAAUGCCGCACCACGAAGUUGCUAUCCUGACAGGAUGUUUCAACCACACCACCGGAGAGCAUCGAGUUGCAGAUGCAAGUGGUCUGCACUUCCAGCUACAACAAUAACUAUCGACGCAUCAACAAUGUCAAUCAGGCGCCAGCUUCACAGACAGAAGCUGAUGACAAAACCUGGCUGUAGGUUCCUCCAUAACUACUCAUUAUGUCUCGAAUUUAUAAUAAGCGAAUGUUAAUUGAUGUCACAGCAACAAGUUAAUUGACAGACUCUCACUUGAGCUUUUUAAAUGCCAGCCAAUGAAUCUGAUGCCAACGUGGCGUAUGAGUUAUUAAUUGUGUGUGUUUGUGCUUGGAAAAGUUCCUCACUUAUUCGUUUGCCAUAUCACAUUACGAAUAUUCAUUGCGGCUUCAUUAAAUGCGUGUUUAAUACAAAAUAAACAUAUAUAAAUAUGUACAAUUUCAUUGUUCUAAGUAUUAAAUAUAAAUGAAAAAUCAAAAACCAAAGUCAUUUAUCGAUUUAAAGCAAAUGAAGACUUUAUAAUUCUAUUCGUGUAUCUUUGUAUAUAUAUAUAUGCUUAAACGUAUUAAAUACUUGUACUACAAACAAAUUGAACUCUUUAAGUUAUACCAAAUUAUUAUGUAAAUAUAAAUAUGACAUACAUAUACAUACUAUGUAUUUAUGUUAUUUAUUUAGGUUCGUUUGCCUCUGAGAAUUGUGAAUAAAGCGUCUUACUCAAAAUCUAAAUCCAA